CGGUAAACCCUAAAAGUUUCUGACGAUACUCUCAUUUUUCAUCUGUCAACAUUAACCAGUUAUGUGUUCUCAAGCGACAGCAAGCAGAGAUUCUGCCUCUGUUCCCAAACCGGAUUCCUUCCAUGGUCAUCUUGCGAGGAUCUCCGACGAUUUGACACGGAUGCAACUGCCAGAAAGCAAUCCUGAGUUCCUCCGCGGUCGCGGACGUGGUGGUGCUGUCUCCUUCGCCGGAAAGCCGGUUUCCAUGGAGAACGUAGGUCAGAGGAUGACGAAGUUUCUCCUCAAUGUUGCUAUCCAAGGGAGCUUCGCAGUUGUUCGGGUCAUCCUGCCUACGAAUAACACUGUGGAAGAAUUGAUAGAAGCCGUCAUACAUAUUUACACAAAGGAGAAGAGAAGACCGCUCUUGAAGGAAACCGAUUCUCGACAUUUCGAUCUUCAUUACUCGCAGUACAGCUUUCAGAGUUUAAAUCCGAAGGAGAAGUUGAUAAAUUUGGAUUCUCGUGAUUUCUUUUUGUGCUUGAAGCCCAGCAGCUCCUCGGACCAAGCAAAGAAGGCGGUGGCUGAAACCUCGUUUCCAAUGAUAGUUUCAUAG